AUGAUGCAGGCGUCUUCGAGCAGCGAGCGCACCCCGCUGGUGCAGCCGACGUAUGUCUUCGAGUCCAGCCUCGCACGCCGCUACCAGAAAAGGCUGCAUCACAUGCAAUGUGUCAUGUGUGUUUUUAUCAUCGCAAUAUUAAUGGUGGCUCUACUGGUGACCAUUUCAUACAAUUUGAGCCAGGAUAUGGAUGAUGACAUCACCACGGAGCCUAGUGAACCUGCACUGCCUAUACCUGGGGGUAACUUGACGCUGCUGAAGAUGUCCCCAGGAAUGGCAUCAUCUGGUAAUCCUGGUAACCUCACUCUGGUCAACGGCACACUGAUGGCUAUGCCACCUGCCUUACAGCCUCUACUGGAUUUGAAGUGGCCUUUAAAAGGACAACCACCAGCAGCAUGGGCAAGCACGACUCCAAGCAAGGCUCAGAUAGCAUCAGCUCUUCUAGAAGGAAAGGCAGCUUUGAAGGAGAAGACGAAGGCGGAAUGGCUGCGUCGGCCUCUGGACAUGGACACACCAGCUAAUAGAGCUCAAAGAGCGGCAGCCACUUCAGCUGAUGUCAAGCCAUUAGCUGACUCUGCUUAUGCUGCAGAAAUAGCCACUAAAGCUCUUAUGAAUGGCACAGACAUUUCCCUGCGCCCUGGAGGAGCGGGAGAAGGUCCUCCUCUGAACGGAUCAUUCCCAGAGCCGCCCUACUGCAGCACCACGCCCAUACCCUGUACUCUAUCCAGGUACAGAACCACAGAUGGCACAUGCAACAACCUGGAGAAUCCAUUGCGUUGGGGAGUUUCUAAGACUCCCUUCCGUCGAGUGCUACCUGCAGACUAUGGUGAUGGUGUAAGCUCCCCUCGGCAAGGAGUGGACGGAGCAGCCCUGCCGAGCGCUAGGGACGUGAGCGUGACGGUGCACAGACCGAGCUAUGCGCACGACUCCGCCUUCACAGUCAUGUUGGCCGUGUGGGGACAGUUCGUGGACCAUGACAUCACUGCCACUGCUCUUAGCAAAGGUCAAAACGGAACAGCUCUAUCUUGCUGCGACCCGACACAGACUCCUCACCCGGAGUGCUUCCCAGUACAACUGGAUGUAGACGAUCCUUUCUACCAGGACUACAACAUCACCUGCAUGGAGUUCGUCAGGUCUGCACCAGCUCCCACUUGCCAUUUCGGUCCCAGAGAGCAGUUGAACCAGGCUACAGCAUUCAUAGACGCGUCCACAGUGUACGGGUUCGCAGAGGCCCGUAGUGCGUCAUUACGGUCUUUCGUUGGAGGACAGCUGCGGAUGCUGAAGAUAGGAGCCACCCAACUACUGCCGCCCUCUACCGACCCUAAUGACAGCUGCAACACUGCUGAGAUGAACGCUAAGGGACGAUACUGCUUUGAAUCAGGAGAUGACCGAGCAAACGAGAACCUCCACCUGACAACGAUGCACCUAAUCUGGGCGCGACAACACAACCGCGUGGCCGCCGCGCUGCGCAAGUACAACCCGCUGUGGGACGACGACACCGUGUACCAGGAGGCCAGGAAGAUACUAGGGGCACAGAUGCAACAUAUCACCUAUUCUGAGUUCCUGCCUAGCAUACUUGGAUCAGACGUGAUGUGGGCUCUGAACAUGACGGUGGAGGAGGAGGGCUACUCCGACGUGUACGACCCGACCGUGGACCCUUCCAUCGCCAACCACUUCGCUUCUUGUGUCUUCAGAUUCGCACACACAUUGCUACCGGGUCUGAUCCACAACACGGACAAGAGUACGGGCACGAUCCAGUACACGCACCUCCACCAGAUGUUGUUCAACCCGUACACGUUGUACACCAAGAAGGGUCCCAUUGACGCUGUCACCUCCGCCAUGGCCACCCUCGUACACGCUGUGGACCCACAUGUUACUACUGAGCUAAGCAACCAUUUGUUCGAGAAACCAGUGAUCGCCAAUACAUCAGAUGCUGAUGACAAGAAGCCGGGUCCAUGUGGGUUGGACUUAGUCUCCCUGAACAUCCAGCGCGGCAGGGACCAUGGUCUACCUGCCUACCCGCAGUGGAGGGAGCACUGCGGACUGUCCAGGCCAAGGAACUUCACCGACUUACAAGCUAUUUUCGACGAGUCCUCGCUCAGUAGGAUUUGCAAGAUUUACAAUUCAGUAGACGAUAUCGACCUAUACACGGGCGCGUUAGCAGAGGACCCUAAGGGUCGUCUCCUAGGCCCCACCCUGACCUGCCUCAUCGCUGACCAGUUCUACAGGAUCAAGGUCGGCGACAGGUUCUGGUACGAAUCUUCCGAUCCCACCCUUGCAUUUACUUUGGAACAACUAGCAGAAAUUCGCAAGACCACCUUAGCUGGAGUCAUUUGCGCGAACGAAGACCUUUUGGACCAGGCCCAGCCUCGAGUGAUGGAGGCCGUCAGUGCCACCAACCCACUGGUGGACUGCAAGGAGUUGCCACAACCUAAUCUAAAAGCAUGGGGCAAACCCAAGGCAUCAAAGACAACGAAGUCCUAG